ACAAGACACACAGAAAGUCUCUGGUCAUCCACUGCACCCUAACUCAUCCCCGGACGUCUUGACCAAAUCUUGCUUCUGGGAAAUGAUGGGCUUUAGGGCGAGAGACUGAGGUCGAUGUGUUGCGCGAAUCCUCCUCACUUAAAUCCGAAUUCCAGCGCAAGUCACUAUUAUAUAGACUAGAAUCGAGAAAUAUAUCGAGACAUAGAGUAUACUAUAAUUGUUGAAUAAGAUGAGUUAGUAUAGUCAGCUGAUUUCUGAGUUAACAUGAAAACUAUGGAGGGACAGAAACGUAACAAUGACCCAUGGGCUCCUUUACCAGAAGUGGCAAGCCAACCAAAUCCAGUAGAAUGCAAUUUUUCUCUUGGAUUUUCUUUUGAAGAUCCAUUACAUCAAAAGUUAGACUCUGAAAGAUAUAUCAAAUCACUUGAAUCCAAAUUGCAAAAAUUAACAAGGGUGAAAAAUAAAGAUCCCUCUUCUAAAGACAUCAUAUCUUCUUUGACGUUGUUUCAUGAUGAUCAGAUGAAACGUUACGUGGAUGAUUCUGCAGCGGGACUAAGUAGUCCAUUGACUAUGAAUGCAAUUUCUGAAGAGUCUCUUAAUCCACUGAGCUAUUUACAAAGAAAACUCUAUCCUGAAAGACAGCCUUUAAGUGCUGAAGAGUUGCUGCAACUUUUACAGGAAGAUGUUUUGGGGAAAAUCUUUGAAGAUUUGUCUAGUAGCUGUGAAUCUUCUAAUUCAAAAAAACAAAAUGUUUCUUUGGACUCUCUGCCACCACAAAACUGUCAAGAGACUUUGUGCAAUAUUCCGCAGGGCGUAAAUGUUGUGAAGGAUCAGCAGCAAGACUCAGUGUCUAGUUUGCCUGAACAAGAAUCAGUGUCUAGUUUACCUGAGCAAGAAUCAGUGUCUAGCUUACCUGAACAAGAAUCAGUGUCUAGCUUACCUGAACAAGAAUCAGUGUCUAGCUUACCUGAACAAGAAUCAGGUGAAAACUGGGCUAACUUUGAAGACAUGAAUUCACAGUCGUCUAGCAGCAAUACUUGUGUUUCUUGACUGACGGGGCCUUUAAGUCCUAGUGACAUUAUUUGUGUUUUGGACAACUGAUAUGAAAUAAUGCUAUUUGAAUGAUUCUCUUUAAACUUCUUGCAGGUCUUUGAA